UUUUGGAUUUACGUUGUUAACUAUCAAUUUUCAACGUUACAUUUCUGUUGAACAAAAUGAAAACUUUAUUGGUAUUCUGUGCUCUGAUUGCAGCAGUAACGCUUGCAAAUGGUAAUCCCAUUACAUCAGAUGAGUUUAGCCUUUUGAAUGCUGAAUACAACGAUUACAGUUGCGACUGCGCUCUGAAAAAUGCAUUAAAAGUGACUUGUAAAUUGCUUCUCAGCGAAAAAAUGGAAUUAACUCGUGAAAAUUUUCGUACAAUGAUUUAUUACGAAUUUCGACUUGGAUUAUCAAGACAAGAGUGUAUCGAUCAACUUGUUUCGACUUUUGGCGAUGAAGCACCAUCCUUCAGCACUAUGAAAAACUGGUACAAUGAAUUCAAUCGUGGCCGUGGUUUGCUCAAAAACGAGCCCCAUGAAGGUCGUCUAAAAUCAGUUGUUGUUCCACAAAACAUCGAUGCUGCCAGAAACAUGACAAUGGAAGAUCGUCAUGUGACAUACCAUGAGCAUACACACGAUUUUGCAUGAACAUUUGGCCGUGAAAAAAAUUUGCUCGCGUUGGAUCCCACAUAAAUUGACCGAUGAUCAAAUAAUGGCUAGUGUGUAAAGAAAAGCUCAACAAAUACAAUCGAGGUGUAUCAAAUCGUGACAGGUGACGAAUCAUGGAUAUAUGCAUAUGAGCCCGAAAGUAAACAGCAGUCGACUGUAUGGGUCUUCCAAAGUGAAGAUAAUCCAACGAAAGUUGUCCGAGCAAGAAGCACUUCGAAGCAAAUGGUCGCCUGUUUUUUCACGAUUAGUGGACAUGUAGCAACCGUUCCACUAGAGGAUCGUGGGACGGUCAAUUCUGAUUGGUACACCACCAUUUGUUUGCCCAAAGUGUUUGGUGAAUUGAGAAAAAAACGAUCGCCGUCACAGAAUAGUUAUUCUUCAUCAUGAUAAUGCGAGCUCUCACACAUCUCAUCAAACAACUGAUUAUUUGACCACUCAAAAGAUCGAAUUGAUGGGUCAUCCGCCGUACAGUCCUGAUUUGACACCCAACGAUUUCUUUUUAUUCCCUCACGUGAAGAAUAAACUACGUGGUCAACGAUUUCCGACGCCCGAAGAAGCAGUUGAUGCGUUCAAAACACACGUUUUGGAGGUGUCUAACGCGGAAUGGAAAAACGGUUAUGACAAAUGGUUCAAGCGAAUGCAAAAGUGUAUCGAUCAUCGUCGAGAUUACUUUGAAAAACAAUAAAGCGAUUUUCAAUGAUGAAUUAUUGUUAUUUCGUUAUUAGGCCCAAAUUAUAAGUAACAGCCUACGUACAAGACUUUGGCCGUCUCAAAUUGAAAAGCAAUAAUUAGUUUUAAUUGUCAACAAAGUAGAUAAAAGAAAGGCAGUUUGAUACCAGAGAGCGUAGACUGUGUUUUUCAUAUUGAUAACGUACAAUAACACUAUGUCAUUUAGUAUAAGAUCACAUUAACCACUCGAUUCGAGUAUAUUUAAUGUGAAUCAUUUUCAAUUCUUUUUCUUGUACGAUAAUAAGUAUUACUUAUUAAGUAAAUAAAAAACAAUUCUUUCGAUUAUUGGUAUAAUGAAAUCAGAUCAAAUAUAUUUUUCUUUCAUUAAAUCAUGAGAUUAUCA